AUGCGCCCGAAACUAGAAGAAGCAGGGCUAAAAAAGUGUGUGCAGGUGAUUGAAGCAGAUGAGGUAAAUAAGACGUUGGCAUUCUCAGAAAAGGCGGCCAGCUGGUCAAAGUUCUCUCCUCAACUGAAGUUAGGAGACAUUUAUUAUGGCAGGGUAGGAUCUGUGAGGGAGUUUAGCGCCCAUGUUCAUCUCCGUUUCCCAGAUGGGCUUUAUCACCUCACUGGAAGAGUGCCUGUUUCAGAAGUAUCAUGGGACUUGAUCCAUGACGCGAGAGAUGUCCUGACUGAGGGUGAUGAAGUGAGAGUCAAAAUUGUGCAUAUAGAUAGGAAAAGUGCACGCAUCAAAUUGUCCAUAAAACAACUGGUUGAAGAUCCUCUUCUAGAAACUUUAGACAAAGUUAUUCCUCAGGAUGUCUCAGCAGAUCCUGAUGCAUUAGAUGAAAGCGAUCAUUUUACCAUCGAACCUCUUCCUGGGCUUGACACAAUACUUGAAGAGCUAUUGAAGGAAGAUGGGUAUGGUUGCAAUGAGAAAAAUAUAAAUUCACUUAUCCAGAUUCCAGUGUUCUCGUCUUUUCCUUAUAUGGGAUAG